ACCCCAAAAUAAAUGCAAAUAAAAAAACAAAACAAAAAAUGAAUGGACCAGAAUCUGCAUGAUCAAUCCGUCAAACUUAGGAAAGUCAUUAUCACGCAGGCUGCAUCGAAACUCCUACGGGAUUGAAAAUUAGAAAAAAAAGAAACAACACAAAGUCAUAGGAAAUUCAGUCCCUCUUACUUUUCCUUCUUGCACUCAUACGCGGAUUCGGCCCAUUUUUUAAUUCUCCAUCCUCAUCGCUUCUUCUUAACCCUUUGAACAUUCAAUCCCUCACCCAACACCACCAUCAACUGUUUCAUAGUCUUUCUUUCUCUCUUGCGUUUCCCAGAAUAAUUUUUCCGGAAAAUUUCUUCACUCCCACCCCAGAUCUGAAACUUCCGCAAGUUCUUAUCUUUUCCCUUAGAAACUUCUGUGUUCUUAAAAUUAUCAUCUGGGUAUCGAAGAUAACAACAUAUUAAAUCCCCCAAGUGGAGUUUCAACGCGGAAACCCUAGAAUUUAUUGAAUGGCUUCAGGGGCAAUUUUCUCGUCCCUCCGGCGGAGAAGGUCGCCGACGUUGGAAGCGUUUCUGGCCCCCGUUGACUUAAGCGACGUCGCUUUGGUUCAGACCCUCAUCUCCGUUGCCAACGAGAUUGUGUCGUGUUUUUCGAAGCGUAGUUUCUUCUUCCAGCGCAAGAACUCGCGGUCUCUGAUCCGAAAAGUGGAAGUUUUUCAGUUGCUUUUGGAGUAUUUGCGUGAUUCCCAAUCGGGUUCUUCGUGUCUUCCACCCACGGCGGUGCUUUGUCUCAAGGAGCUCUACCUCUUGCUCUACCGCUCCAAGAUUCUCCUCGAUUACUGCGCCCAAUCGAGUAAGUUGUGGCUCUUGCUUCAGAACCAUUCCAUCUCUGGUCACUUCCAUGAUUUGAACCAGGAGAUUUCUACCCUUAUGGAUGUUUUUCCUGUUAAGGAUGUUUUGUUGAGUAAGGAUGUUAGGGAACAGGUUGAGCUCUUGCAGAAACAGUCUAGAAGAGCUAAGCUUUUUAUAGAUAUGAAGGAUGAUGCUCUCAGGCUUCGGUUUUUCUCCUUUCUUGAUGAGUUUGAGAAUGGAGGGAUUCCUGAUUCUGCUGAAUUGGGGUCUUUCUAUGUUGAGAAGCUGCAGAUUGUUGAUGCGGCUAGUUGUAGGACUGAAAUUGAGGGCUUGGAGGAGCAGAUUGUUAAUCAUGAAGGUGACAUUGAGCCUACUAUUUCUGUGCUUAAUGGGUUGGUGGCUAUGACUAGAUAUUGCAGGUUUUUGCUCUUUGGCUUUGAGGAGGAUGAGCUUGGUUUUGAGAGUGGAAGUCAGAAGAAGCCUAAGAGGAGGUUGAUUACUCAGGAAAUUGCUGAAACGUUUUUUACUGUUCCUAAGGACUUUUGCUGUCCAAUUUCGUUGGAUUUGAUGAGAGACCCUGUGAUUAUUUCCACUGGUCAAACCUAUGACCGGAGUUCAAUUUCGAGGUGGAUGGAAGAAGGGCAUACUACUUGCCCCAAAACAGGUCAAAUGCUUGCUCACACUCGUCUUGUUCCAAACCGGGCUCUGAGGAAUUUGAUUGUGAAGUGGUGCACUGCACAUGGAGUUCCUCUUGAGCCACCAGAGGUCAUGGAUGCGAUGGGUGAAGUUUUCCCGUCGGCCUGUCCCACCAAAGCUUCCCUUGAAGCCAACAGAGCCACAGCGACGCUUCUCAUUCAACAGCUCGCUGGUGGGUCUCAAGCUGGGAAGACUGUGGCUGCCCGGGAAAUAAGGUUGCUUGCAAAAACUGGAAAGGAAAACCGAGCCUUCAUUGCAGAAGCAGGGGCAAUUCCGUAUCUGAGGAAUUUACUUUCAUCGCGAAAUGCUGUUGCUCAGGAGAAUUCUGUGACUGCGCUGCUCAAUUUGUCCAUUUUUGACAAGAACAAAAGUAGGAUUAUGGACGAGGAAGGGUGUCUAGGAUCGAUUGUUGAUGUGUUGAGAUUUGGACACACCACAGAGGCAAAGGAAAAUGCUGCUGCGACGUUGUUCAGUCUAUCGGCCGUCCAUGACUAUAAGAAAAUAAUUGCAGAUGAGAUGCGAGCAGUCGAGGCCCUCGCAGGACUGUUGCAAGAGGGGACUCCAAGAGGAAAGAAGGAUGCUGUGACAGCUUUGUUCAAUCUUUCCACACACACUGAGAAUUGUGUUAGAAUGAUCGAGGCCGGGGCAGUGACAGCUCUUGUUAGUGCUUUGGGGAAUGAAGGAGUUUCAGAAGAAGCAGCUGGUGCACUGGCCUUGAUCGUCCGGCAGCCAAUUGGGGCCAAAGCAGUGGUGAAUGAGGAAUCAGCAGUGGCUGGAUUAAUUGGAAUGAUGCGUUGUGGAACACCGAGAGGUAAAGAGAAUGCGGUUGCAGCGAUGCUCGAGUUGUGCCGGAGUGGAGGUGCAGCUGCAACAGAAAGGGUUGUGAAGGCACCAGCUUUGGCCGGAUUACUUCAAACCCUUCUUUUUACGGGGACAAAACGCGCAAGAAGAAAAGCAGCUUCACUUGCAAGAGUUUUUCAGAGAUGUGAGCAUGCAACUUUACAUUAUGGUGGAUUAGGUGUUGGCUAUGCGUUUGCUAGCAAUUCAAAUACAACUAGGGAUACCAGCUUUGCGGGUGAUGUUUCAGUACCAAUGUCCAUUUCUGUGUUAUAGUGGUAAUACUCCUGUGUUUACUUAAGUUCCCAAUUUUUGUUGUAACUUGUAAGUGUUUACAGAUUCUUUUAUUGAAAUUUAAAGUCAUAAGAAAUUAUAGCAAUAUCAUCAUGUAUUCUAAGAGAUCCAGGAGUGUUGUUGAGCAGUUAGCCUCAACACAUAUGUUAUGAGUCAAAUGAUGUAAGAAUAGAGAAUGCUCAUAAAAAAGAGAGACCAUGUCUGGAAUCAUA